CAGAUCAGAGAGCCAGGGGCAGAUGAAGAACAGCCCGAAACUCAACAGCCGAAAAAAAGAUGCAAAACCAUGCCUUUUGCUCAGCUUCUCACUAACGAUGAAUCAUUGUGUUUGUUGAGGGAAGCGGAGGAGGAAGCAGAAAGAACUGCCAACGAAAAAGGACAAAAAAAAGAAAUGCCCACUCAACGACGGAUAGCACAAGAGACUGAAAAGGUGCAGAA